AUGACUGGAACCUCGAUUGCCCACAAGUACGAGAUGGUGACGAAGUUUACAUCGAUUCCGGCAGCGUUUUGGUACACAAUUGUUACGGUUAUCGUGAGCAACUUCUCACGUAUCUAUCAUCAAAAUCAGCGAGCUGACAAGCGUCGAGCGCAGAAGAAAGCUCGGUUGGCUCGAAUUCGGAUAGUAAAGAAUGCUUCUGGACAAGCGUUAUUCAACAAGAAGAAAGCUCCAUGA